AUGGAUGUCCCGGAUCCCUCAAUUAAAAAAGAGAUGCUCGCUCACAACAAUUACUCUUCGCCUUCCGAUGCCGAAAAAUCAUCGCCGCAUCUCCCCACAGCACCCGACCUAGCACCUUUAAACGUUGAAAUCACUUAUCCAGAAGGUGGUCGCCAAGCCUGGUUGGUGGUGUUGGGUGCAUGGUGUGGCUUGACCUCAUCGCUGGGUAUUUACAACACAUCCGGUGUGUUCGAGGUCGUGAUAUCCAAAGUGAUAUUACCGGAGGCCUCAUCAUCUACCCUUGGCUGGAUAUUCUCAGUCUACGCCUUCGUGAACUGGGUUUGUGGAGUACAAGUUGGACCGACCUUUGAUGCAAUGGGCCCUCGCGCACUAAUGAUUGCGGGGACUAUUUGCACGCUGAUUGGUAUUUUCACACUCAGUGUCUCAACAGAAUACUACCAGAUCUUCUUGUCAUUCUCCAUCAUGACUGGCAUCGGCUCAUCCCUUCUCUUGACACCGUCAAUGGGCUGCGUCGCUCAUUGGUUCAUGGAACGUCGCGGCCUUGCUAGUGGUAUAGCAUUCAUAGGAGGUGGUUUCGGUGGGGUUCUUUUCCCCCUGAUGAUACAAUCACUCCUCCCCCAAGUUGGCUGGGGAUGGUCGAUCCGGAUCCUCGGAUUCGUACUCCUCGUACUUUGCGCUAUCAGCGUGGCAUUUUGCCGGAGCAGAAUUCCUCCCCGCAAAGGAGCUGAAACAACCUGGCGCGAUACUUUGCCGGACUAUAAAAUCUUCUUGGAUGGAACGGGAGCCAUGGCACUCACAACUGCAGGAGUCCUUCUGACGGAUUUAGCAUACUUCAUCCCGAUCACGUACAUACCACGUUACUAUAUCGAUCGACAGCAUCUGCCCGAUGAGGAUGCUCUGGCGGGAUCGUCGGCAUUUGCCUAUCAGCUUCUCGCGAUUCUCAAUGCCGCUUCAUGUGUUGGCCGAUACGUGGCGGGCGACAUGGCGGAUCGAUUUGGCAGAUACAAUACCAUGAUUGUCUCAUUGUUCUUCUGCACAGCAUCAGUUCUAGGCUUCUGGCUACCAGAUAUUCUUGCACCAAACCUGGAUUCAUACGCGCUCGUGGUAGUUUUUAUACUACUGUUCGGGUUCUGCAGCGGUUCAAAUGCCACACCGGCCUUAGGCCAGGAUGUCUAA